GCUCUGCGGCCGGCCGAGGCUGGUCAGGUGGCUGCUGGUGGCUCCCGCGUCUUCCUCCUCCCUCCCCGUCUCCCCGCAGGUGUCUUCCCGGGAGGACUGAGCCCCGCAGGGCCGGCCGGCUGCCGCUUCCCGGAGGGAGAGGGCUGGAGCACGCACGCACCGGCUCGCCCACCCACGCCGUCUUCGGGAUCCCGGGUGUGUAAGCAAGCUCUUGCCUGUGACAGUGUGCUUGCCAACAUGGCGCCCAAAAGGAAGUCUGUCAAGAAGAACAAAGCAGACCUCAAGGAGACAACCAUCAUUGUGGAAGAGAGCCCACUGAGCAAGCUCAACGCUUUGAAUGAGCUCCUAGAGGGAGGCAAUGGCCUUAGCUGCAUUUCUUCUGAACUAACGGAUGCUUCUUAUGGCCCCAACCUCUUGGAAGGUUUAAGUAAAAUGCGACAAGAGAGCUUUCUCUGUGACCUCGUCAUUGGUACCAAAACCAAAUCUUUUGAUGUUCACAAGUCAGUGAUGGCGUCGUGCAGUGAGUACUUCUACAACGUCCUCAAGAAAGACCCCGCAGCUCAACGAGUGGAUCUCAACGAUGUCUCGCCCCCAGGCCUGGCCACGGUCAUCGCCUACGCCUACACGGGAAAGCUGACCCUUUCCCUGUACACCAUCGGAAGCGUUGUGUCCGCUGCGGUUUACCUGCAGAUCCACACGCUGGUGAAGAUGUGCAGCGACUUCCUCAUCCGCGAGAUGAGCGUGGAGAACUGCAUGUAUGUGGCCAACAUUGCCGAAACAUACUCCUUGAAAACUGCCAAAGCGGCAGCCCAGAAGUUUAUUCGGGAUAACUUCAUUGAAUUCGCAGAGUCAGAUCAAUUCAUGAAGCUUACGUUUGAACAAAUUAAUGAACUGCUGAUAGACGAUGACUUACAGUUGCCUUCUGAGAUCGUCGCAUUCCAGAUCGCAAUGAAAUGGUUAGAAUUUGACCAAAAGAGAAUGAGACACGCAGCCGAUCUUCUGAGCAAUAUUCGCUUCGGUACCAUCUCCGCCCAAGACCUGGUCAAUUACGUCCAGUCUGUGCCGAGGAUGAUGGAAGACGCCGACUGUCACAAGCUCCUCGUGGACGCUAUGAACUACCAUCUGCUCCCCUACCACCAGAACACGCUGCAGUCGCGGCGCACACGCAUCCGGGGCGGCUGCCGCGUCCUGGUGGCCGUGGGAGGCCGCCCGGACCUGCCGGAGAAGUCCCCAAGCAGAGACGUCUUGUACAGAGACCCUGAAAACGGAUGGAGCAAGCUGACCGAAAUGCCAGCCAAAAGUUUUAACCAGUGUGUGGCUGUGAUGGACGGCUUUCUCUAUGUCGCCGGUGGGGAAGAUCAGAACGACGCGAGAAAUCAAGCCAAGCAUGCAGUCAGCAGUUUCUGCAGGUACGACCCCCGCUUCAACACGUGGCUCCACCUGAGCAGCAUGGGGCAGAAGCGCACGCACUUCAGCCUGAGCGCGCUGGACGGGCUCCUGUACGCGGCGGGCGGCCGCAACGCCCAGGGCAGCCUGGCCUCGCUCGAGUGCUACGUGCCGGCCACCAACCAGUGGCUGCCGCGGGCGCCCAUGGCGGCGGCGCGCUGCUGCCACGCCAGCGCCGUGGCCGAGGGCCGCCUGCUGGUCACGGGCGGCUACGUGGACGGCGCCUACUCGGGCUCCGUGUGCGCCUACGACCCCGCGGCCGACGCGUGGCGGGAGCUGCCGGCGCUGGGCGCGCCGCGGGGCUGGCACUGCGCGCUGGCGCUGGGCGGGCGCGUGCUGGUGCUGGGCGGCAGCCGGCUGGGCGCGCGCGGGGAGCGCGUGGACGUGCUGGCCGUGGAGAGCCUGGGCCCCGGCGCGCCGCGCUGGAGCCCCCUCGCGCCGCUGCCCGUGGGCGCCAGCACGGCGGGCGCCGCGGCGCUGCGCGGCCGCGCCUUCCUGCUGGGCGGCUGGAACGAGGGCGAGAAGCGCUACAAGCGGUGCGUGCAGAGCUUCAGCCCCGAGCUCAACCAGUGGACCGACGAGGACGAGCUGCCCGAGGCCGCCGUGGGGCUGUCCGCGUGCAGCCUGCCCAUGCCCAGCCGCGCCACGCGCGAGUCCCGGGCCAGCUCCGUGUCCUCGGUGCCCGUCAGCAUCUGAGCGGCGGCGGGGGGCGGGGGGGGGGGGCCGCGGGCCCUUCCCAGCCGCAGUCCGCCCCGCGGCCACCGGGGGGCGCCGGGCCCCCGGAGGUGAGGUGCCCCCCCCCCCGGCCCCCGCGGCCCCCACUGACUCCGGAACCGGAACGCCCGCCGGCCAUCGACCUGCGG